AUGCCGUCCAUGUUCUCUGUUGUGGAAGAUUCUCCGGUGAGUAAUCUUGUUCUCCGGUCAGAUAGGCACAUUCCGAUUGAAGAGCAAACACCACCAGCACCAGGACCGGAGAGUGUUGUCCCUGGUGGUUCUGAACAGACACGAGAGUACUACAACGACUCAUCUACACGACGGAGGAAGAGUCUUGACCGUUCUAGCUCCACCAGAAAGUUAUCAGCUUCUGUUAUAGCUGAGAUCGAUGAACUGAAACUGCCUGCUUCAAACACUAAAGUCUCGCCAAAACAUUCGCGUUCACGUUCUAGUUCAGUGAGGGGAGAUUGCUCCGUUGAGAAUUUGGAGAUGGGUGGCAGAGAGACUGUGGAGUCUAGCAAGAAAGGGAUGAAGAAGUCUAAGAGAUGGAGUUGGAAUAUAUUUGGUCUGCUUCAUAGGAAAAAUGGUAAUAAAUACGAAGAGGAGGAAGAAGGAAGAAGAAGCGGUGUUGAUAGAACGUUUUCAGGGUCAUGGAAUGUAGAAAGUAGAAAUGGGUUUGAUCCGAAGAUGAUGAGGAGCAAUAGUAGUGUGAGUUGUAGAAGUUCAGCUACUGGAGGUGGAGGUGGAGGGUUUCAACGGAACAGUGAUGAUGGUGGAUACAUUAGUGGUAAGAAGAAGGUUAGUAACAGUAGUAGUACUAGUAUUGGGAGAAAGGUUGAGAAUGGUGUGUUGAAGUUUAACUUGACGCCUAGUAAAGGAAGGCGAACAGGAAGCAGGAUCUGUUGUGUUACUCCAUCACCCGCAGAUUCUAUCUCCAGCUUAAGUUUUAGCCCAAGAGCCGAUAUUCUUGUCGCCACUUCUUGGGACAAUCAGGUGAGGUGUUGGGAAAUUUCCCGUAGUGGAACCUCUCUAGCCAGUGCUCCUAAGGCAUCAAUCUCUCAUGACCAGCCGGUCUUAUGCUCUGCUUGGAAAGAUGAUGGGACCACUGUCUUUAGUGGGGGAUGUGAUAAGCAAGCCAAAAUGUGGCCCUUGCUCUCAGGUGGUCAACCUGUUACUGUUGCUAUGCACAAUGCUCCUAUUAGUGCCAUGGCCUGGAUCCCCGGCAUGAAUCUCCUCGUUACUGGAAGCUGGGACAAAACUUUGAGAUAUUGGGACACAAGGCAGCAAACUCCUGUCCAUACCCAACAGCUUCCAGAUAAAUGCUAUGCAUUGUCUGUGAAACACCCUCUGAUGGUUGGUUCAAUUGAGGGGAGGGUUGGUGUGCAUCACCUGGAUGAUGCUCAACAGAACAAGAACUUCACAUUCAAAUGCCACAGAGAUGGGAAUGAGAUCUAUUCUGUCAACGCUCUGAACUUCCACCCGGUACAAGGCACUUUUGCCACUGCUGGCUCCGAUGGGGCAUUCAAUUUCUGGGACAAGGAUAGCAAACAAAGACUCAAGGCCAUGUCAAGGUGCAGUCAGCCAAUUCCUUGCAGUUCAUUGUCUACAAAAUAGAGAACAAAGAUAGCUUGACGCAUUUUCAAUAAUUCUAUCAAAGAAAGUGUUAAAUGUGGUAUCAUUAUAAAACACAUAAGUUAUAUAGGUCUUUUGGCACUUUCAGGAUGAGUUUCCAGAAAAAUAAAAUGAGUGUUUUAUUUGCAUAAGUAUGUUUUCGAAGAGAAUUACAAGCGUGUAAGGAAUGUUAGACAAUCCUUGUUGAGG